AUAUACAGAUUAACAAUUACUCCGAUUUUGGUAUCAAAUCAAGGCAGUCAUGUAUCGAAUAUUGAUAUUUUUUUGUGUGUUUGUUUAUAACGUGUUUGCUGAUAGUGUGAGAGUAGUUGAGUUAGAUGACGGAGCCGUGGUGGGAGAGAAAUAUUGGAAUGGUGAUUUUUAUCAAUUCUAUGGUGUGCCCUAUGCUACUGCGCCGAGUGGACGGGAUAGGUUUAAGGCACCGCUUCCGGUGAAGAAACGAGACAAAGCAUUCCCAGCAAAUGCCAAAGACAUAAUAUGCCAACAAAUCUUUUACACUGGUGACGAUGAUGAUAGCAUACUUCAAGGAGAAGAAGAUUGUUUGAUAUUAAACCUUUUUGUUCCUGAAGUCGCAAAUGAAAAUAAUCUAGUUCCAGUUGUUGUAUAUUUACAUAGUGGAGCAUUUGCUGGUGGCAGUGGCAAUAUGGGCAAACUGCACUACGUAGCUAGACAUGAUGUUAUAGCAAUAAAUUUAAAUUAUAGAUUAGGAGCUAUAGGAUUCGCUUGUCUUGGUACUGAAGAAAUACCUGGUAAUGCUGCUUUGAAGGACCAAGUGGCAGCUUUGAAAUGGAUCAACAAAAAUAUAGUUAAGUUUGGUGGAGACCCCAAAAAAGUUACUUUAGCUGGGUAUAGCGUUGGCGCUGCUAUGGCUGAAUUAAUAGCGCUGUCUGAUGCCACAGAUGGUUUAAUAGAUAAGUUGAUUUUAGAAAGUGGAUCAGCUCUAUCCCCUUUUGCUAUCAAUAGAGAUCCCAUAAGCACUGCAAGGAACAUAGCAAGGUCUGUGGGAUAUAAUGGUACGGGAACAUUAAAAGAUCUUAACGAAUUUUACUUGAAUGCUCCCGUGACUGAUAUAACAAAGAGAAGUAUGAAUUUCUUUUUACCUAAUAGUACUUUUGGGUUUGCGCCUUGUAUUGAAAGAAAGUCUAAGAAUGCAGAAGCAAUUAUAACUGAGGCUCCUUUAGAGGUCUUAAGUAAAAAAGACGCUAAGUACGCAGUUCUAACAGGUCUCGCAAAUAUGGAAGGACUGAGUAGAUCAAUUAAGUUCGACACGUGGGUGGAUUUGAUGCAUGAAAACUUUUCGGAUUUCCUCCCCGCUGAUUUGAUAUUCAAAGAUGAUAAAAAUAAAAACGAGAUUGCGAACUUGAUCAAAGAAUAUUAUUUCAAAGGUGAAGAAGUGAGCCACGAUACGUUGCAAGAAUAUAUCGACUAUUUUUCAGAUUCAAUGUUUAGAUACUCAAUUUUGAAAUCCGCGAAAUUGCAUGCGACCAAAUCUAAAAGAAAUUUGUACUUUUAUGAGUUUUCCUAUGUGGGAGAGUUGAAUAUGAAGCAUUAUUACAUGGACAAAAUUAAAGGGGCUAGUCAUAGGGAUCAGACGUCAUAUAUUUUGGACUUCUUUGCUGGAUGGACGAACAGCGUCAGCGAUCUAGAUAUGAGGAAUUUAAUGACGUUGAUGUGGACAGAUUUUGUUAAACAUGAGAACCCAACCGCUUAUGAAAGCCUACUAGUUAAAAUCAAGUGGCCAAAAUUUACAAACGAACAACAAAACUACUUAUCAAUUGGAGCAAACUUGCAGAUAAGAACGGAUUUACUCACCGAUAGCUAUACAUUUUGGGACAAACUUUAUGAGAAGUAUUAUUGGACACCAACUGCGCCCAAUGUUUAAACUGUAAUUAAGUAUCUCGCGAUUUCGUCCGGCUCGAAAUCGUAUAUGACAAUGGAAUCCUUCUGGUUCAAGUUCUUAAUGUAAUUAUAUAUCUCUCUCAUCUUUGUGCUCUCUCUCCAUCUGUGGUUGCAUCUUCCACGAUUUUGUUUGAAACCCGAGGUUCGCUCUCCGACAAUUGGCUCUCCACUUUGUCCAGUCUUCAGCAUCCUUGGUUAUAUAUGAUAAUCCUGUCACUAAGAUAAAAUAUAUAUUUUUUUCUAGA